AUGCUAGAAGCCUCAGUUACUAGUAACGAGACCCAACCUAUCCUGCCAAUGCCAAUAGUGGCACCCUCACCAAUGAGGAGUGAGAUGCAACCUACAAUUGGUGCAGGACAACGCAUGGUGUCAAGCUUUGCACCUAGGGAUAUGUAUGUUGAUGAACAGCAACACGUUGUCAAAAGUCGAGGUAUAUCCAUAAAUGAAAGUGGAGUGUUGCAUCAUUCUACACAAAGUGAUUAUGCUAAUCAUGAGCAAGAUGAAGUAGGUGGCACAAAUGAAGCGGAAGAUAGCGGUGGCGGUGAAUUUAACCCGCACUUUAGAGGAAUUCCAGACGCCGAAGAAUUGCCUGAUCCAGAUGACAUUCCACCAGCGCUUGCAAAGGAAUGCGAAGAAAUGAUUGCUGUGAUUGGAUCAUUUCUUACUCGCUGUAUCUACAGUAAUUUGUGGAAUCAUCGUGACGCUGCGAUUCGGAAGGUUACUAUGGAGAUAGAGCACUAUUCAGUUGAACCGAUGCGAUUGUUGGAAGUGUGCUCUACUUUAGUACAAAGUGGUGCUGGAGAUCGCAUCUCGCAAGUUAUAUUGUCGGCAUUUGAAUUGCUAAAUCGUAUGCUAACUAUUGGAGCACGCAUUCGUCGCGAUGAUAUGUGCCGAAUCCUUGGCAACAGCAUGACUCAGCUAACGAACAAGCUUGGCGAUUCUCACGCAAAGGUUCGCAACGAAGCUGCAGCUUUACUAGGACGAAUUGCGGCAGCAGACAACAUUGGAGUAGGUUUUGUCGCCUUCCAUCUUACAAAGCGCUCCAAGAAGCCACUUGGAUUAAAGUUUCUUCUAGAGAGUUUGCUUGUUCUUAAGAAGCUUUUGACAGAGUUUGAACUUGUUUCGAAUUCCGACUUUUCCGUAUCGGGCAUUAUGGGAUUUCUCGAAGACUGUAAUUGUUUAGCUCAUCAGAGCCGCGAGAUACGUGACGUUGCGAAGGAGAUUACUGUGUCGAUGUAUCUCAUAGUUGGCUCGGAGGUCGAAGUUUAUCUGAAAUCACUGCGACCAAAGCAACUUAAUGAAUUUCAAGCAGCCUUUGAGGCGGCAGAAACAGCAAAGGCCUCUAUCCCUUCUGCUGUAGUUCGAGAUGAUCGAAGUAGUGGUAGCAUUGCCGGACGGAUCGAGAUCCAAGAUCCUGUAAACAACGAAAUGGUAGAUGCUGCUGAGAGCGAAGAUGAGGAAUCUGUGGAUGAGUAUACGUGUCCUUUUUGUGGUGUCGUGGACGAGAAAUUUAACUCCGACUAUCUUGAUCAACACUAUUGGGCGUCUUGUAAGAUGUUGACACCUUGCAAGAUGUGCGGUCAAGUGAUAGAGAUUUCAACUUUAACUGAGCAUCUCUUGUCAGAGUGCGAGCUACAGCAAAAUCAUCGCGAGUGUCCACGAUGCGGAGAAGCAAUCACUGCCAAGUUCUACGAGCGGCAUGUCUCUCUAAACGAUUGUCCGCCUCGUGCACCAUUAAAUCGUGCUAAUCGCUGUCCGCUUUGCCAUGAUGAUAUUCUUCCUGGCAAGAAAGGCUGGCGACGUCAUUUGCUGGAAGAAUUCUGUCCACAAAAUCCACGAAGCUAA